AUGUGCGAUGCGAGACUGCCAAACAGCCUGCGAAAUGGAGAACAUUCCAGCAUAAGUGGAAGAAGCCAGAUGGACCUUAUUGUCCGGAAAAAAAUAGGAAAGUGGGUGCUACUGCACAGGUUUAUCCAUAAGAAUGAUGGACGCACGGGUAAAAGAACACGUGUGAAGGACAAAAUGGCGAAACAGAAUGAGCAUUUAAGCGAAAACCCAACUGGUCAACCAACCGACCAACCAACUGGUCAACCAACUGACCAACCGACCGACCAACCAACCGAUCACCCGGACGUGUUUAACCUCUUCUAUCACCCGACCGGAACGCAACAAAUACGCAAUGCAUGUUGGCAUGUCGUAGCACCAGGACAAGCGAGCCCUCCAGGGGUAUUCGCCUUUAGUCCCAUGGAUAAAAAAAAAGCUCACACAGGAUCCUGUGGGGCAUACGUGGAAGAAUACCCAUCAAAGGUUACGGUAAACGAUGCAAUACAAAAUUUUCCUUCCCAAAAUAACCUAUCGGAAGAACCAAAGCUUAAGGAAGAUUCAAACGAAUCACUUUGUAAUUCCGAAGGGGAUACAAAAAAGGUUAAAGGGAAGGCAACAGAAAAAUGCGGAAAUAGCAAAGAUCCAACUAAGGAUAUUAUAUCCAGGUGUAUUGACAUAAAGAGGUGUAUUGUCCAACACAAGAGAAACUUCAAAAAUAUGUUAAUCAAUUUAUUCAAUGAGUACACAUUCCUCAGGAGGUACAUGAAUAGCAACUACAACACAUACCAUAAAUUAAAAUUCUUCCUUAGUUGUAACCAUUAUGUGAAGAAGUUACAUGAUGUCCUGUCCAUUUUUGCUGAUGUUGUAGAGGAGAAUGACGAAUAUUUAAUGAUAGAAUUGUACAAAAAAAUAAAAAUUAACAUGCGUCUGCUUUACUAUGUCGGAAGAAUUUUAUCCAACUAUCUCACCUGCAUUGCUUAUAAAAGAAUGGCAUACGUAAUUAUGGUGUGUAUUUCUCGAGUACACACCAUUUUUAAAUGUAUGCUCAUAUCGGAGCCGUUUAAGAGCGGCGUUCCGGAACUGAUAAAGAUGCUUGAAUGCGAUAUAGCGUGA